GUGAAGGUAUCAUAGACCAUAUGGUUACAUAUUAAUAAAGGUUCAGGACUCUGUAUUUGAAUACUAUUUUUAACAAGAAUGAAUACGUUCAAAGACCACCACAACUGGUUGACCGUUGGGGAAUUGAUCAGAAUAAUUAAGGAGCCCGUCGCUUUGUACACCAGUCAUAUCAUAGAAGAAUGGCAUGCCAAGCUUCCUUGUCUUUCGCUGCCGCAAUGCACAAAUCCUGCCGUUUGCCUGACAAAAAAGAAUCAUCGUGAUCUUUGCCACUCCUGCAAGGGAUGGUACGACGAGCUUGCCAAAUCCCAUCGAAAUCUAAACAAACGACAAAUAAAAUGGCGUGGAAAUUGCGACACAUCAAAGUGGCCGAAUGAUUCUUGGGAGGUUGCCAAGUUCUUUAUGUCUGCUCUUGGGGACAACAAAAUAAGCGUUGAAGACGCCGAAUCCACUGAUUUAUCUUCUCUUCUGAAUGUCCUUGAAUGGACGGAAGAUGCGAUCUUUGCCCCAGACAGACGUGUUGAUCGUAACCUCGUUAAAAAGCUCCGUUCAGAGGUUAGAAACGCUUGGGCUCAUGCACCUGAUCAAAAAUUAGCCGAAGCCACUCUUAAGGAUGCUUUUGAUAUUGCGAAUAAGUUUGUAACUGAUCUUUACAUAGUUUUCAACCGUAUCGAAGUAAAAGAGUGCAUACAGUCUAUUAAGGAUCUUCAGGCUAAUGGGAUAAGUAAUGUUACACAAACCGAGUUAAAAAUUCUGAAUUUACUGCACUUUGAGUUAGGUGUCAGCCAAAUGAAAGAACAAUUAAAGCACUUGAAAGAUGAUCAAAGUUCCGAUAGGAAGAAAAUUGAGAUGUUGGAAGAAAAGUUGGAGAAUCUCGAGACUGGUUACAUGAUCAACAAUGCGGGAACUAGCACACAAUGCCAACUAAAGAGCUGCAUUCCUGACAAACCUGAGACAUUUAUUGGUCGUGACGAUGAAGUAAAGCAAAUAAUAUCGUACUUGGUAGAGAAUAGAAGUGGAAUUGUUUCUAUUGUUGGUGGACCUGGUUUUGGCAAGAGCACUGUUGCAAUUGAAGUUUGCCAUGAUUUAAGCAAUAACAAUGAUACUGUCGUAUUUUUUUCAUAUCUACAAAAUAUUUCGACUGUUGCAGAGGUGAUACUACGUCUUUGUCAAGACGUUGGCGUAUAUCCUGGAGAAAAUCCUGAAUCAUCAUUAUUGCUAGGGUUAAAAAGUAUUGAGAGAAAAGUUGUCCUCGUAAUGGACAACAUCGAGCAACUGCUUGAAAGCAACGAGAAACCUCAUUUUGUUGAAUUGGUGCUCACGCUCCGCAAAAACGUAGGGCAACAUUUGCAAAUCCUAACGACGUCAAGAACAGAAUUCACAAUUCACGAGCAACAAUUCAUUGUCAACCAUCCAAUCAACCAUCCAAUACAGAAAAUGGAUGAGAGAUUUAGUGUGGAACUUUUAAAAAGGUGCUGUCCGAAUGUAGAAAUAUCAGACGCAUAUCUGAAUGAAUUGGCUGACCUGUGUGGUGGUGUUCCUCUCGCUUUGUGUAUCGCAGGAACAAUAAUUCCAGAUCUUGACGAUCCUUCAGAGUUAAUUCAGUGGUUAAAAGUGAGGCCUAUGGAAGCACUAAAGCGUGUUGAACAAGCCUUUGAAUUUUCUCUUCAAAAAUUGAGUGAUGAAGAUAAGAAAUCUUUGAUUUGUCUUUCUGUAUUUGAUGGGAAUUUUCAAAGAAAUUCUGCUAAAGAAGUAAUUGGAAGGGAUGGGCUAAAAACCCUAGAUUUUUUAAAGAAUCUUGUCAGUCGAAGCUUAAUACAGAGAACUGGUGAUAAGCGCUUUGUAAUUCAUUCUCUUAUUCGGCGGUUCUUAGCUGAUCAUGUUCAAUUUAAAGAAGAAAGGGCAAUAGCACAAGAAUUGAUGGUGACACAUUUUCUAAAGAUGUGCCAUACGUUAACCCUGGAGUGUUAUUCAAAGAACGGAUUUACUAGCGCCAGAGAAUCGUUGAAAAAAGACGUUCACAAUGUCGAGGAAAUGUUACGAAUCUGCACCCAAGUAUCUAAUUUAAAUUCGAAACCGAAUAUCUCUGAACUCCUCGCAAGUAGUGAUAUUUACAAGUCUUCAUGCAGGUUCUUUCACAGUUUCACCUGGGAUCUUAUUCCCGAACCGAUUUUAAGAAAUUUCUUUGAAUCUUGUAUUCAACUAGCCGAGAGUCGAAAUGAACGUACUAUCAAAAUGCUAUUUCAAUGUUUGGUAGCAACUCAAGAAGGUCGUAGAUCUUUUUGGAACUCUACAGAGUACGCAAACCGAAUUGGGGACAUCCAGGAAGCCUUUUACAAAAACAAAACGAUUUUGAAAGAAGACAGAUACAUAUUUAUGUUUUGCCACCAUUUACUUGCCCGACAUUACUUUAAAAAAUUACAGAAUAGCCUACCUUCUGAACUUUUGGAAGUUGAUCUACCUUGUUUUCCUGAGAAGGAACAGCUAAGCCCCAUGAAAAAAGUGGCAGAAGUAUAUAUCCUGAAGAAACGUGGAAAUUUAAGUAAGAUGAUGGCAAACAAAGAGUCCCGCAGAGACAAACAAAAGAAAGAGGAAUUCAUGAGAUGUUCUGAAUCAUUUUACAUUCAAGCAUUAUCUUUAGCCAGGAAAAUUUUGGGCGAUCAUGAAUUAACAUGUGCUCUCCAUAAGCUUUUAGGAGACUUAUAUUUUAACUGGCAUAAAAACGACGAGGCAUUGAUGCAUUAUGAAGAUGCCGUAAAUCUCCACAAGAAACUGAAACUUGAUUCUAAUGAGCAGUUUGUGAUGUUGCUCAAAAACUUUGGUGGGUGUCUUUCGUUUCUUCGUCGCUUUAAUGAAUCAGUGGAAAGGCUAAAAGAAGCACGCGAUAUUGCCGAUAAGAUCACUGAAAAGAAUACAGAUUUUAAAGCCCAGGUGUACUGCGAGUUGGCAAUUAGCUGUUGCUCCACGAAACUGUAUCGCGAAGAAGCCGCAGAAUAUGUUAAAGAUGCGAUGAAUAUGCAAGAACUUCUGGACACGCGAAAAGUAAAAAAAUUAGCCGUAGAGAACUUCAUUAUGUCAUUACCAAAGAUCGCCAACGUUCAAGGAAAUGAUGGGAUGUUUCAAUUAAAGAGCUGCAUACCUGACAAACCACAAACAUUCAUUGGUCGUGACGCUGUGGUGAAGCAAAUAAUAACCUCCUUGGUGGCGAAUGACUGUCGAAUUGUCUCUAUUGUUGGUGGACCAGGCUUUGGAAAAACCACCGUUGCAGUUGAAGUGUCCCAUCACUUAAACAAUGACCAUGACAUCGUCGUCAUUUUUUCGUCCCUGUCAAAUGCGUCAACUGUUGAUGAGGUAAGACGACGUCUCUGUCGUGACGUUGGCGUUAGUGCUGGAAAAGAUUCUAAAUUAUCGUUGAUGUUUUGGUCAAAGAAUAUCAACAGGAAAGUCGUUCUUGUGUUGGACAGCAUUGAACAGCUGCUUCAAAGCAAUGUGAUAUCUGAGUUUACUAAAUUAAUGCUUUCACUCUGCAAUCAUCCACACCAACUUUUGCAGAUCCUAACAACUACACAAACCAAAUUUGUGCUUACCAGCAUAACCCUGAAAACCAGCGUAAACCAUGAAAUAAAGGAAUUGGAUGAAACGUCCAGUAUCGAGCUUUUGAGGAAGUGCUGUUGCCUUGAAGAAACUGAAAUCAAACCUGCGUAUUUGUCCGAAUUGGCUGGUCUGUGUGCUUUCGUUCCUCUUGCUUUGUGCAUCACAGGAACACUAAUUCGAGAUCUUAAAGAUCCUUCACAAUUGAUACAGUGGCUGAGCGAGAAACCCAUGGAAAACUUAAGCUACGCCAACCAGUGUAUGGAGCAAGCUCUUACGGUCUCUUUCCAGAAUUUAAGUGAUGAAGAGAAGAAGGCGUUGAUUUGUCUUUCGGUAUUUGUUGGAAAUUUUCAAAUGAGCUCAGCAAAAGAGGUAAUCAACAAGAGUAGAUCGCAAGCUGAAAUUUUAUUACAAAGUCUCUUGAGACGAUGUUUAGUACAGCAAACAAGUGAUGGGCGCUUCGUGAUUCAUUCGCUUAUACGAGAAUUCUUAGAUGGUCAUGAUCAAUUUAAAGAAGAAAAGGCAAUGGCACAAGGAUUGAUGGUGAGUCAUUUUCUAAAGAUGUGCCAUUCAUUGACCAUGAAGGGUUAUUCAAAGAACGGAUUCACUAGCGCCAGAGAAUCACUAAAAAAGGACGUCCACAAUGUGGAGAAAACGUUUGAAGUCUGCAGCCAAGAUAAGAAAAAAAAUCUAAAUCCAAACAUCCCGGAGUUGUUAGCAAGUAGUGAUAUUUAUAAGUCAUCAUCCAGGUUCUUUAACGAGUUCAGCUGGGAUCUUUUUCCCCUUAUUGUUUUGAGGAAGUUCUUUGAAUCGUGUGCAAAACUGGCCAAAAAUCGAAAUCAACCAGCCAUCGAGAUCGCAUUUCUAUGUCUUGUAGCGGAUCAAAUAGGACAUGAAUGCGAAUGGAAGUCUAAAUACAGCGACCGAGUGAAUGCUAUCAAUGAAGCGUUGAAGGACAAUGACGCGUUAAGAAAGAAAGAUAGGUCCUUAUUUAUCUUCUGUCAUUACAUUUUUUCCCGGUCUGACUCUGAUAAACCAACAUAUGAGGCACCUCCUGAUCUAGAAGAUGACGGUACACCAUUGGAUGAAGACAAAUGUGCAAGUCCUAUCGUGAAUGCAGCCGAAGUAUAUUUUCUGUUGCAGCGUGGAGAUUUGAACAGGAGACAUGCAAUUAAACUAUAUAAGGGAGGGAAAGAAGGGUACUAUGAAUACUUUAAAAAUGCAGAAUCAUUUUACAACCAGGCGUUGACAUUAUCUAAAGAGUUGUUUGGUGACCACGGAUUCACAUGCCACGUACACGAUCUGUUAGGAGACUUAUAUUUAGAAAGGCGUGAUAACACAAAGGCACUGAUGUGCUAUACCGAAUGCAUUAUUCUGUGCAAGGAACUGGAACUUUAUUCUUACGAACACUUUGCGUACUUGCUCAAGAAUUGUGCAACAUGCCUGUCUUAUCUUGGCUAUUUUGAUGAAUCAGUGACAACAUUAAAGAAAGCUUGUACAAUAGCUGACCACCAAAUGCGUUGUAGAGCUGUUUUUUACCUUGCCUUAGCAGGAACGUAUCGUAGGUGGAAACCUGAUUGUCAAGACGCCGCAAUAUAUGCUAAAGAGGCGAUGAAGAUGAGGCAUUUGUUGAAUUCGCGCGACAAAGAUUCACUGCAGGAGAUCAUUAAAACAGCAGAAGGGCAUUAAGCGCAAAGGACGGUUGACAAACUUUCCUUCUGAUGGAAAGGAGAGAUAAUAUUGAUAACACUACACGACGAUUUAUAUAAUUAUGUACACUGCACAACAAUUCAUACUAUUAAAUUUUGAAGAGACGACGGAGAUAAGGGAACUGCACGUUGAAUUUGCAGGGAUGGACCAUUUGCGCUUUAGACUAAUUUUUUAUAGGAGUAACAAGAAGGAAACAAACCACGAGAGCUAGGAAGAGUGUACUUAAAUUAGUGCAAAAGCAAAGUUUGGCCGCGAAAAUCUGUAAAUUGCGGCAAAUAUAGCAAUGUGAAGUUGGCAAAUUUUGUAUAGCUACUUUUGUAUUACGUGCGGAAAUGUGUAACUAAAUUAGUUACACACUUCCGGCCGUAAUGUAAAAGUAUACAAAAUUUGUCAACUUCGCAUUGCUAUUUCGCCGGGUUAAGAAAUUAGUGUAAAGCGCAAGUCGUCCAUUUUUAAAUCCGCAUGACGCAGAAACAUUGCAAUGGAUCAGUCAUUAUGAUGGCAAAAAAGUAUGUUGCAGAAUAAGACGGUCGAUGGGCUAUAAAAUUUCCUUUUUUAGAAAGGAAAAGUAAUAUUGAUAACGCUACGAGGCUAUUUAUAUUAUUUAACGCUAAAAAGACAAUGAAGACACGAGAACUGUUUGUUGAAUUCGCGCGACGUAAUAUACUAGAAACAUGGCAAGAUAUUAUAUAUGCCAAAAUACACGAUUAAAACUAUAGGUAAUGAAAUUCUUUAUAUCAUUUAUCAAUAUAACCAACAGAAUCACAUUAUACAAA